AAUCCUCUUUCCUACAGAGAUACUGACACCAACAUGAGCCAGUACGAGUGGGCUGAAGAUGACUUUGAUCUGCCCCCUGGGGUCGGUCGACUGGGCCUCUCUGAGCCAGUUAGUGGUAGAAAGUACAUCAUGUACCACGGCACCACCAGCGAGGCUGCUCAGGCCAUCCGAGCCUCAGGUUUCAGGCAGUCUGCAGACGGGAUGCUCGGCCGCGGCGUCUACCUCAGCAGAGAUCUGGGGAAAGCUAGCCGCUAUCCCCUUAAUCACCCUGAGUCUGACAGGGUGGUUGUUGUGGUGGAGGUCAACGUGGGGAAGGUGAUCGCUAUCAAUCGUCAAGGCCAUCCACGUCAGAAGACCUGGCAUGACUUCGGCUAUGACACCGCCUGGGUGCCACCCAGGCGUGGAAUGGUGCCAAGUGGUUUGGAGGAGGAUUGUGUCUGGGAUCCCCAAAGAAUCCAGAUCAUUAAAACCAUCAAACCAAGCCCAGUUGAACCCUCCUCUGGAUGUGGUUGGAUGUGCCUGAAGCUCCUUAUAAAAAGCAGAUCAGACUCACAGCCUGCACUCUUGGAAGAACGUGGAGAGAGAGAUACUGACACCAACAUGAGCCAGUACGAGUGGGCUGAAGAUGACUUUGAUCUGCCCUAUGGGGUCAGUCGACUGGGCCUCUCUGAGCCAGUUAGUGGUAGAAAGUACAUCAUGUACCACGGCACCACCAGCGAGGCUGCUCAGGCCAUCCUGGCCACAGGUUUCAGGCAGUCUGCAGGCGGGAUGCUCGGCCGCGGCGUCUACCUCAGCAGAGACCUGGAGAAAGCUAGCCGCUAUCCCCUUAAUCACCCUGAGUCUGACAGGGUGGUUAUUAAGGUAGCGGUCAACGUGGGGAAAGUGAAAAGGAUCGAUUACCAAGAUCAUCCACUUCAGAAGACCUGGCAUGCCCAUGGCUAUGACACCGCCUGGGUGCCACCCAGGUGUGGGAUGGUGAGGAGCGGUUUGGAGGAGGAUUGUGUCUGGGAUCCCAAAAGAAUCCAGAUCAUUAAAACCAUCAAACCAAGCCCAGUUGAACCCUCCUCUGGAUGUAGUUUGAUGUGAUGUGGGCUACAUGUGAGCUGUGAGAGCUAUUACCAAUUUAUUUUCUAUGUUCAAAUGUAUUUUUAUAUAUUUGGAUACAAAGUAAGUGCCAUUUUGUUACUGUGUCAUUGUAA